GAAACAGAUAAGACCCGGGUAAUCAGGUAACGACAGGCGUCUCACCUGGAUAUCUGAGGACGCCGCACGUAUGCUUGCCGACAUCACCAAGGCCGAGAUAAUUCCUUCGGACAGUCAGAGAGAGAAGGGGCGGGGGGGACAGACUGACUGACUGCUGUCUACCUGAAGCAGGUUUGUCUCUGAGGUAUCGACCUGUCACCAGUAGCUGCUGAGACCACAGAAACGUGCCUCUGCUUCAGCUGGUGUUGAUCUGGUAGCUGUUGAAAAUUGAGUAGAACCCAUCAGAUGUCCUGAUUAAUUGAGAGGUGCGGAGAGACGACGGACAGACAGACGCUCCCUUAACGGGAUUCCACAGCUUCAUCAAUAGACUAUGGCUUCUCGACCUGAACUAGAGGACCAGAAAUCCACAGGAUCCACAGAGAAGCACAAAGAUGAUCAACUCAGUGAGAACUCAGAGACAGAAGAGAAGGCUUUUUCCAUGGCGCCGGCCCAUUCCACUGUGGCCCUGGUAGAGACGGGGGAGGGGCAGGACGACCCGUGGAAUUUACCAGAACUACAGGAUGGAGCGGCAGCAUGGUCAGAUCUAGACGCCAAGGGGAAGGUGUUGAGGGUGGUGACGUCGGCAGGGAAGGGACUUCUGCUGCUGGGGUUCCUGUACAUGUUCAUCUGUUCACUAGACAUCCUCAGCUCUGCCUUUCAACUGGUUGGAGGUAAAGCAGCAGGUGACAUCUUCACAGAGGGCUCAGUGCUGUCGAACCCUCUGGCUGGUCUAGUCAUAGGAGUACUGGUCACUCUGUUGGUUCAGAGCUCCUCUACCUCCUCUUCUAUAGUGGUCAGCAUGGUCUCCUCUGGACUGUUACAGGUCCAGAUGGCUGUCCCUGUCAUCAUGGGGACCAACAUCGGAACUUCCGUCACCAACACGCUUGUUGCCAUGACGCAGGCUGGCGACCGCAACAAGUUCCGCAGGGCCUUUGCUGGAGCUACGGUUCAUGACUUCUUCAACUGGCUCUCUGUGCUGGUCUUCCUGCCUUUGGAGGUGGCGUCGGGUUACAUGUACAAGCUGACCAAGCUGCUGGUUGACUCCUUCAACAUCCAGGGUGGAGAGAAGACUCCAGAACUCCUCCAUGUCAUCACCGACCCUCUAACAAAGGCAAUCAUCGAGUUGGACAAGUCGGUCAUCAGUGGUAUUGCUACAGGAGACCCGGCUGCCAGGAAUAAGAGUCUCAUCUUAAAAUGGUGCAAAACAUUCACCAAUGUGACCCUGAGGAAUGAGACGGUCCCCGGGCCAGAGAACUGCACCUCCCCAGCCCUCUGUUGGUGUUCCCAGGACCUCUGCUACACUCUACAUAACAUCUCAGAGACCUACAACAUACAGACAUGUAAUCAUAUCUUUGUGAACGUGGACCUGUCUGACCUGGCGAUAGGCCUGAUCCUGCUGGCUCUGUCUCUGCUGGUGCUGUGUUCCUGUCUCAUCCUCAUCGUCAAGCUGCUCAACUCCAUGCUGAAGGGACAGGUGGCCAUGGUCAUCAAGAAGGUGCUCAACACAGAUUUCCCUUUCCCCUUUGGCUGGGUGACUGGUUACAUCGCCAUCCUGGUCGGAGCUGGAAUGACCUUCAUCGUCCAGAGUAGUUCUGUCUUCACCUCCGCUAUCACUCCACUCGUUGGUAUUGGUGUGAUCAGCAUCGAGAGGGCGUACCCUCUGUCGCUAGGGGCCAACAUCGGCACGACGACCACGGCUAUACUGGCAGCCAUGGCAGCACCUGGAGACACACUGGCCAACGCUCUGCAGAUCGCUCUGAUUCACUUCGUGUUCAACGUGUCUGGUAUCAUCUUGUGGUAUCCAAUCCCCUUUACCCGUAUCCCCAUCCGAUUGGCUAAGGCCCUGGGUGACAUCACGGCAGAGUAUCGCUGGUUCGCCGGCGUCUACAUCAUUUCCUGCUUCUUUCUCCUGCCCCUCUUCGUCUUCGGCCUAUCGAUGGCCGGCUGGAAGGUGCUGGUUGGUGUGGGCGUUCCCAUAGUGGCCUUGUUGAUCAUCGUCAUUGUAGUGAACGUGCUUCAGGCACGGCUACCCAGGUGUCUCCCCGCGGUACUGCACUCCUGGGACUUCCUGCCUCUCUGGGCCCACUCCUUAGAACCCUGGGACCGCGUGGUCGCCGUGGUAGCAGCCAAAUGCUGCUGCUGCUGCAAGUGUUGCCAGACCGGACCGGAGGAGGAGGAGGAAGAGGAGAAAGGAGGAGGAGGGCAUUUCCUGGAGAUGUACGACAACCCUGCCAUGAUGAACGGUGUUGACUGGGGGGAAAAGAGGGAGGACAAAGAGGACGUCUUGAAAGCAACGCAGCUUUGAUUCUGUCGCGACACUUCGUAACUGCUUCGUAUAGGCAUUAUAACCCGUCUAUAAUGUGAUUAUGGUCUUAUGACUCUUCUAUAACAUGGUUAUAAAGGUGCUAUGUAGGGUUACAAAAUUCCAAUAACUAUUCCAAAAUUCCCUGUUUGUUUUCCCAGAAAUCCUGGUUAGAGGAUUCCCAGAUGUCCUGGUUAUUUCCUCGUAAUUCCAGGAAUCUUCUAAACAGGAUUUC